AUGCAAGCAACUAAAUUUGCGCGUGAAGAUCAUAAGACUACUGUUGAAGCAAGAAUUUGGGCGUGGGAAGAUCAAUCUCAAAGGGGAGCAAUACAUGCUUGGCGCAAAGAAUCAAGCACAGAAAUCGGUGAAGCGCGGCAUAAGUACAAGAGACAAGCUUUCUCGCAAUUUCAUAUUAUUUCCGAACCAUUACUUGAUAUUAUUCUUGAUCAAUCUGUAGAAGAUGUAAAAAAUGGUAAUGCAGAUCCUUAUAAGCCUUCAAAUCCUAGUUUACUCAUGCCAAAAGUUUUAUCUCUCUUUGAUGAAGUUUGGAAAACCCAUUAUGAUGAAUCCUCGAAUAAAUCAAAACGAGUACUUUAUAUUGAACAUUCGAGUAUUAUUCUAAAAGCCACAUCUGAGACUUCCUUUUUAACAAGUCCUCAAUUUUUGGAGAUGACACACACGUUCUUAAUCCGUAAUCCCGAAAAAUCAGUAAAAUCUUUAUAUAAAGCUGCUACCUUCAUACUUAAUAAAAGUCUCAAACUUCGAUUGAGAGAAUCCAAGCAAAUUUUUGAUUUAUUAAAAGACUUAAAUAAAAAACUUAUUGUUGUGGAUGCUGAUGAUUUGAUUAAUGAUCCAGAAAGGGUUUUGAAGAAAUAUUGCGAGUUAAUUGACGAGGAAUAUAAACAAGAAAUGAUUCAUUGGGAGGCAACAACUGUUAAUGAUAAUGCGGAAAAUAGUACAGGCUUUAAUAAGUUUACUAAUAAAUAUGAUCAUGAAACUGAAUAUCCACAAAUUGUCUAUGAUGCUAUCGCUGAAAACAAACCGUAUUAUGAUUAUUUAUAUCAAUUCAGGAUUUAA